AUGUCUUUAAAGCAAGCAGUUGCGAAAAAACUUAUGGAUGAGAUAAUCGUCCCGUUAAGAAAACCUAAAGACUGGAAAGUGUUGGUAUUGGAUAGGUUGGCCACUAGAAUUGUAUCUUCGUGUUGCAAGAUGCAUGAGAUAAUGAAUAAUGGAAUUACACUUGUUGAGGAUAUUUCAAAGAAAAGAGAAGUGCUACCAAUUGAAGCCAUAUAUUUAAUUACUCCAACUGAAGAGUCUAUAAAAUUGCUAAUGGAAGAUUUUCAAGGGUCUCAGAGUCAGUAUCGCUAUGCGCAUGUGUUCUUUACCGAAGCUUGCCCAGAUGAACUAUUCAAUCGUUUAUGUCAAUCAAAUUCAGCUAUAUUCUUAAAGACAUUAAAAGAAAUCAAUAUGGCUUUUUUACCCGUUGAAUCUCGAGUUUUUUCAUUGGAUUCACCGAUGAGUUUUCAGUAUUACUUUAAUCCUGUAGCAAGACAACAAGGAUCUGGACAACAACUUGAACGUAUAGCCGAACAGAUUGCUACACUUUGUGCAACAUUAGGCGAAUAUCCUGUCAUUCGAUAUAGAACUCAGUUUGAAAGGAAUGCUGAAUUCGCCCAGUUAGUUCAACAAAAGCUGGAUGCCUACAAGGCUGAUGAUCCUCAAAUGGGUGAGGGUCCACAAAAAGAUCGAAGUCAAUUAAUUCUACUUGAUCGUGGAUUUGAUCCUAUCUCGCCUAUUCUUCACGAGCUUACAUUUCAAGCCAUGGCAUAUGAUUUAUUGGCAAUUGAAAAUGAUGUUUACCGUUACAUCAAUACAUCAGGUCCUGAGGAACGUGUCAAAGAAAUCAUCUUAGAUGAGACUGAUGAAUUAUGGUGCGAACUACGUCAUCAGCAUAUUGCAGUUGUCUCACAACAGGUGACAAGCAAGUUGAAGAAAUUCGCUGAAGACAAACGUAUGGUUAGUGCUGGUGAUAAGACAACAAUGCGUGAUUUAAGUCAAAUGUUGAAAAAAAUGCCACAGUAUCAAAAAGAGCUAUCCAUGUAUUCAACCCACUUUCAUUUAGCUGAAGAUUGUAUGCAAACGUAUCAAAAUCAUGCUAAUAAAUUGUGUAAAGUUGAACAGGAUUUAGCUAUGGGUACAGAUGCCGAAGGUGAACGUGUUAAAGAUCAUAUGCGUACAAUGGUGCCAAUAUUAAUUGACCAGUCAGUAUCAGCUUAUGAUAAACUACGUGUUAUCCUGUUGUAUGUUGUUCAACGUGGUGGAAUAAAUGAAGAGAAUUUAGCUAAAUUAGUACAACAUGCUCAAAUACCUUCAUCACAAGCCUGUAUUAUACGCAACUUGAUACACUUAGGGAUACCAAGCAUACAAGAUGCUACUGGAGCUAGUAUUGGUCGACGAAAACUUCCCCAGCCUUAUUUACCUGGUAAUCGACGUCAACGUGAAGAUGGCCCAAGAUAUCAAAUGUCUCGUUGGACGCCCUACAUCAAAGAUCUUAUGGAGGAUGCUGUUGAAGAUAAAUUAGAUCAAAAGGCAUUUCAAUACUUUGGUGGUGGACCUGUUCGUGGACCGGGUACCCGGACAGGGAAUGCACCAAUGUCAGCUAGAUAUGGUAUGUGGCAUAGGGAUAAAAGUCAACAACCACGUUCUGGGCCCAGACUGAUAUUUUUCAUUAUCGGUGGAAUAUCCUAUUCAGAAAUGCGUUGUGCAUAUGAAGUAAUGAACACAACAACUGGUAAACAAUGGGAUAUUAUUGUCGGUGGAACCCACCUCCUAGUACCUGAAGGAUUUCUGAGCGAUUUAGAAAAAUUAUCUUAUCCACCGGGAACAGUACUUCCAUCAGCGAAUACUAGUAGCGGUAGUGGAGUCGGUGGAGGAGCACAGGUGAUUGUUGGAGCUGGGGGUGAACCAGUAUGAACGGAGUCAUAGUUUCUCUCUCCUCUCCCUGUCUCCACACUCACACACAAACAUUUCAAUCAAUAUCUAUGCUUUGUUUGAAAUGAUGACAUAAGAAGUUUUUUUCUAUACUUCAGUUUUUGCCAAAAAAGGUUAUUUACUCUCAUAUUUAUCCUCUCGUUUCUUUAUUUCGCAUUUUUCCCUCUCUCGGCCUCUCUCUCUCGUUAUCUCUCUUUGUCAUCUACUCAAAAUCUCAUCUAGUCUUCUAGAAUCAAGAGAGAAAAGGGCCAGAGUGGGGGUGGUUGGGUGUUAGCGGAGAGAGAGAGAGAGAGUGGGAGUUCUAUCUAUCUAUAUUAGCAUUUUAUUGAAUACUUCUAUUGAAAAGCAUUCCUCAAUUAAUGUUAGUUAAUUUAAUCUCUCUCUCCCUUUCUAUCAUCUAUAUAUUGUAUAAUCAUGAAUGAAUAAUGUGUAAAGGAGAAGAAUUGACCUCCUCCACUGUUAUUGUUGUUGUUGACGAAGAUAGUGAUGGCGAUGUGCUUAUCUAGUCGAGUUGCUUUCGCCUAUUGACUUUCCUUUCCUCCAAAGUACCCCCCCACACACACCCCCGCACACACUUUCCGUUUUCUGUCAGUUAUACAAGCAUUCCGUAUUUAUUACUAACAUCUCAUUAUUCUUACUCAUAAUAACACGCAAUAUCUCUCUGUCCGUUUGUCUGUCUAUCUGUUGGUGCCGUCUUCUUUGUUUUCUCCAUUCUUCCUCCCUUUUAUUUUUCUUACGGCAGCUGUGUUGUGAUGAAUCUCCUCCUGCUCCUCCUCCUCCUCGAUCUCCUUGACUCUUGUGAUUGAACUCCCUACUGCUGCUACUACUACUACUACUCUAUCUUAUUUCUGCCUAGUUGACAAUUCCUUGCGCCUAAUUCGCUUUGUUUAUUCUGUGUAUUCUACAUCUCUCUAUGUCUCCUACACACUUACACACACACAAACAAACAAAUAUGCAUACAGACACAUUCCUCUAGUUUGUUUCUGAUAUAUUACCGCCAGCACUGAAGUUAUUAUUAUUAGUAUUAUUAUUAUGACUAUUAUCGUUGUUGUUGUUGUUUAAUUUCGUCGUCGUCGUUGUCGCUGUUGUUUAUUUGCGGGUCUCAGUGUUACAGGGCGGCGGCCCAUGUCAGUUAGUUUCCUCUACUCAACUCUAUUCUACUCUACUCAUCAUUUGUCUAUUUAUUUAUUGAUUUAUUGAAUAUUUAUUAGAAAGAAGAAGAAGAAGAAGGAGGAAAAGGUUUGAAAACCUGUCUUUCCUUAUUUUCCUUUAAAUUUUCACAUAGUUAUAUUUACACACAAAUACAUACACACAUACAUACAUACAUAUAUAUACUUUCCUCAUUGAGGUAUAUACAUAUAUAUAUGUAUUACGUAAUGCAUAAUAAUGAUAAUAAUACAAAAUAUAUACUGAUAC